AUGGCCGAUCCGCAAACGAAGCGAAUCGUGGACUGGGUUACCCAGCAUGGUUUCGAUCGCAUUGCGCUGCAGUUUCCAGAUGCGAUGCUACCAGACGCACCAUACGUGGUAGCCAGAGUGCAGAAGGCUUUGCCAGAGAAGCGAGCCUUCAUUUUGGGUGACUCCUCUUUUGGCGGAGGAGGCGUUGACGAAGUUGGAGCUCUGCAUUACGGCGCAGACUGCAUCGUGCGCUUCGGGCAUGCAGAGCAGCAGAGAGGUGGUGACUUGCCAGUGCUGUUCGUGUUCGGAGAGCAGAAGGACCUGGAAUCUUUCAACGACAUUCCCACCAUAGCGAGCACUAUCCGUGCGCACGCUGAAACCUUGCGACGUGACGCUUCCUGCUUGGUCGUGGUAUGUGACCUGGCAUACCAGCACUUUGGGGGACCUCUUGCCGAAGCUUUCUUACACGAGCUAGGUCAAGGAGAGGGCCGCUGGCGGAUCUUGAUGACCGAGUCUUUUGAAGAAGCUUCAGCCGGUGACAUCUUGCCUCGCUGGCAUGAUUGGCGCUGGGGCACCGUGGACUUCGCUGAAAACUGGUGGGCUGUACUUGGCACCUUGACUCGCGCAGCGGCCGCCCGGCCAAAUCAGCUCAAAGUCUGCGGGCGGGUGGUCACCUCGGUUAUGGAGAAAGGCCGCCAGCCCUGCUACGAGCACUCUUUGCCAGAUGACACAACAAUCCUAUACUUGGGUCUGCCGGCCUCCACUCUUGAAAGGUGCGUGCUCCUCCGUUUCGGAGGUGUUUGCCCUGUCUGGCGCCUUUGCAGCCAGGCAGAGGAGUUCAGGCUAAGCCAAGGAUCUACCAAGGUAGAUCGAAUUUUCAGCAAUAGCCUUCUGCAGAAGAGGUACCGCUAUGUGGAGGCGGCGAAAAGUGCUGCAACCGUUGGCAUACUACUGGUAGCUGCAGGUGGCCCAACAACAUUGGGGCGCGCGUUGGCGCAGCGUCUGGAGAUUCUGCUCACAAAGGGGGGGCGAAAACACUACAGAUUCGUUGUGGGACAGCCGACGCAGGAGAAAUUGGGGAACUUCCCGGAAGUGGAAUGUUAUGUGCUUCUGUGCGGUCCGGAGCAAUUUACAUGGGAUGUUCAAGACUUGAUGGUGCCAAUCUGCACUCCUUUCGAAUUGGAAGUUGCUUUGGGAGCCCGCCGGUGGACCGGUGAGUAUAUCACAGACCUUGAAGAACUCCUGUUGUCGGCGCCCAUGACUCACCUCUUGUCUGCUCUGCCUGCAGAGAGCGAGGUGGUGGUGCAGUCCCUUGGAAAGUCUCGCAUCAAAUCCAUCACCAACGCAAGCACAGCAGCAUCCUCACAGCUUCAUUCGGCCCCGAGCGUUUCAAGGCCACCUCCUGCAAGCAUCACUCCUGGCCUGCACGGGGUACCGUGGAAGUACAGCCAGGAAGAGUCCUCCGCAGCUUGA